AUGGCUCGCGGCGAGACUCAGCAGACCAAGGUCCAUUACAAGGGCAGCGACGACUUCAUCAUCUUCAUUGAUGAUGUUGAGACCUACCAGAAGUGGAAAAGCGACAAGAGCAUUCCUCUUGCUCACUUCAUUUCUUCCUUCAAGAUCUUCCUGACACACAACCAAGGAGCUCAGGGAAGUCUCGAUGCUGCUUCAAAGGCCGCUCUUGAGAACGAGUUUGGUACUUCUGUCGACGAUGAUGUCAUCAAGCAGAUUCUUGAGAAGGGCGACACUCAGACCGUAGAGUUCCCCGAGCGUCAAGGUCCCAAGAACGACAGCAAGGGCCCUAUGAUCUCCCACUAG